AUGGAGGAUGUGGUUCUUGUGUCCAGUACAGGUAUAGACACCUCCUCCCCAAAUUCGCUGAGCAACAACUCGCCUGUUCAUUCAAGGUUGACCAGGACUAUCUCCAAAUUUGCCUUCGAAGGGUCAGUCAGUAAUAUCACUACUACCACUACUACCACUACCAAGACUGGUUCUUUUGUGUCAAGUGCUGUCGAACUCGAAACUCUGGAUGCCCAACAUGUCACUAUAACUACUACUGUGUCUAAAGAGCUGACCGUGAAUCACUCACCGCAGGCUUCCAAGGAGAAGAAGAAGAAGCGAAAGAAGAGCGCUACUACUAAAUCUUCUGAAACCAGCAAAAAGAGUGUUGUGAAAAAGACACGAAAACCAAAAGAAAAAGUGCCAGCUACGCUUAAUGAACGAAUGGUCGCUAUUUUUGAAAAGUCUGCACUUAUAACAGUACCUGAUGAGUACCGUGGUAAUGUUGAUCCAUCUCAUCAUGGGAUUGAUAUAACAAGAAAUGAUUCUAACGGCUAUUACAUUAACAAUAACGACCGUAGCGAAAAUAACGACAAUAAAGACGAGAACAAAAAUAGUUAUUAUAAUGAGACUAACGACAAAAGUCAACAAGAUGACAGAAUGGCUGCUAGUAUAAGUAGCACUAUAGCACGACAUGACAUCAGUGCAAAUAAUAGACCAUUUAAUUUUGGCUGUGAUAUCCAACUGAACGAUCCAGACUACGAUAAUGCUAGAUUACUUUCUGGAAAACCAGGAAAAGUCAGGGCUUUGCGUAGAAACCGUCAGAAUCAGGAAAAACAAGACAGAGCUUCCGGACAGAGCAAAAGACUUAAGCCAUCAUAUCAGUUAGAGGCGGUUCCUAAACCCCAAAUUCCUGCUGACUUCCUUGUUUCUGUGGAAGAAGGUUGUCAGAAUAUCAAGCAACUGAAAUUAAUAUUCCCAGACACACCAAAACCGAAGAGACACUGUUCCAGCCAGAGAAACAAUUCUGCUGAAACAAUAUCACCUGUCAGAAAUCGUACCUCUUUUAAUAGAGAAAAAAGAGGUAGCGAAAGUCUAACUAUGUUUGAUCUGGCAUCGAGAAUCCCAUCGGAUAUCUUAUCUCAGGAAAUGCGAAUGUUGGACAGUCGAAGUGAGAAGGAAAACAUUUUUGAUGAAGAAGUGCCCGAGGCUGGUGAUACAGACUCUGAUGAGAGUCCUGAAAUUGCAGUAUCUACUUCAAGUAAGCUAGCUGCAGUUUCUGUAUUAACGCCCAAUAGAUCGUUGGUCUCUGGAUCUGGUAAGAGUAUCACAAAUAGUCGUGCUGAAUUUGAUGACGGUGUACAAGUUCUUACUAAAAAUGUGCAUCCGAGAAGGGUGCUGACUCCACUACUCAAUUCAGAAGUGAGAUCCCAAUCUGACCCUUUUGUUGCAUCUCGAAGCGGUGAUGACAGGACUAGUCAAAACGCUAUAUCUUUACCUCGCUCCAAACGACAAGACAGUAACACAGAAAAAAAUUCAUUUGUAGAGAUCUAUGAAAUCUCCGAUUCUGAGAAUGACUAUGGGUCUCCACUAGUGUUGAGCCAACAACGACCUACGAAUCUACUGUGUAACAGUCCAAUUAGACAAUUAUCAGCAGCAACUAUUAUCACAAUUUCAUCGUCACCGAUUCAUAAUGAAACUGGACCAUCCAAACCAGACAAGUUAAAUUCAAUUGACACGUUUGAUGAAUUUCACUCUUCGUCUCCUCCCAGAGCUUCUCUCAGCAUAUCUUCGGCAAGACGCCUUACUCUGGAACCAGAUAAGAUUUCUGAUAGACUUGCAAACAGCACUGAUGACAGUUAUUCAUUUAACAGUGUUGACGAGGUGCCUCAAUCGCCGGGAUAUGCUGAUAGUGAAAACCUUCUCGAAUAUGCUCCUUAUAUCAUGACAGUUGGUGAACCGUAUAAAGACAUUAUUUCCGGUUCCCCUCCUAACAGAUGUUCCCAACCUAUCUCAAUCCCAUCAUCAUCUAUCUCUACAUUCUCUAGUUUUGGGAGUCAAGAUGAUACUGCAAACAGCAAUGUUCCUAUUACAGAUAUUCACAGUGAACCACAAACCACGGACUUCGUUGAUCCAACUCCUCUGACCGAUAAAACUGCUGAUGAACUGCCACCUCGUACUGAGAAUGUCGACUACAAGUCCAUCUACGAAGCGAUGCCACUGGACGAGUUGAGACGGACAGUUGACAAGUACGGAUUCAAGCCACGAAGAAGUCGUCAGGCCAUGAUCGAGUUGCUAUUAAGCUGUCAUACGGAUACCACCGAUAUCCCUUCCAUCGCAGCUGUCUCACAACCAUCCACAUCCAUGCCGAACUCAGACUCUGACAUGCGGUCCAAACUAUUCACACGCAUAUCAACACAAAUCAGGACCAACCCCCUGGCCAAACCAUGGUGGACUAAAAUGCUUCUCUACGAACCACUCCCACUCGAAUCGUUCCAACGAUUUCUGCAGCAAACACUCUCCAUCGACCUCGACCUCGAACUUGUCCGCUCCUGGUGCGACCACUGCGGAGUCUGUACUCGAGCAUCUGACCCUACUCACUCAGACACGCCAUCCAGUCAGACCUCUGAGACCGAGGUCUAA